AAUAGGAGAAAAUCGAAAAGAGCAAUUAGUAAGGAAAAGAUUGUGCCUUGGAUAUACUGGAUUAAAUAAAUCUUUACAUUUGAUUGGUAAAAAUCCAACAGGUAGAUGUGAGUGUGGUAUGGAUAUAGAAACAGUAGAACAUUUAAUAAUUAAUUGUGGAAAAUAUACAGCAAGUAGAGAGAAGCUAAAACAAUAAAUUAGGAAAUAUGAUAUAGACAUAUUUAAACAUAAUAAGAUAUUAAUUAAACACCAAAUAAAUAAAGCGGUUAUUACAUUUUUCAAGGUAACAGUAACAUGUAAGAAUUUAGCUUGGGGGAGAUGCUGUGGUACACACUCCAGCCAGUAGAUGGCGUGUUAACGUUAGAUGUAACCCGCCACUACAAAUCACCAAGAAGAAGAAGAAGAGCUUUCUGCUUCCGAAUCUGCUUGGUAAAGGUAAGGCGUGUUUGUGUUCUGUCCAUAAAAGAUAUUAUUUCAAUAUUUAAUUUAAUUACUAUAUUAUUAGAACUGCUUACUGUUGUUAAAUUUUAUGUGUUCUUUAAGAAAUGUGAUGGAUUUUAAAAGUUUGACUGCUGUGGAAUAUGUUGUUGUGGCUCUGAUAGCGUAGCUGCUAGCUUGAUGGAAUAUUUUUUCCACGACAAAACCGGAACCGCAAUUUGUUCACAUGUUAGCAAUUUGCUAACUGGCUUUCGUAAAAGCUGUUAGACUAUAAAAUCUCUGUUAACAUCAAGCUGAUCAGCUGAAAUAAGGCAAUUUUGUUUUACCUCAACCUAGAGCUAUUGUGACUUGCAGAAAUGGCCACAAAUAACCAGAACUAGCAUAUUAAGCUAAUUCACUGACUCAGUUGCUUCGGAUACAGAUACUCUCAGCUGCCGUCUUGUGCCGACAGUGAAAAACAGCAGAACUACAUAAUAUUAGCUUGGUAUGAUGUAAAUUAUCAUUUUUGUUUGAAUUACAUGAAAUAACUUCAUAAUCUGAGUUUUUAUCAUUAUGUUUGGCCUAUCAAUAAUUUCAAAUAAAACAUAAAAUAUCUUGGUUUAUUUUGUUCAUCCGAACCACAACCUCGAGGUUCUCCGUUGUUGAGUUUCACCGGAAAUUCCGCGGAGAAAUAUCUGUAGCGCAGCAGCUGCGAUACAGUCUCCCCACUAGAGUAGAACUGAACCGAACCAAACAUGAACGUAUUUCAUUGCCUAACGAAAGAAAAGGAAGCAAAAAGAUUUUGGCUAAAAAAAUCUAAACUUGAAAAGAGAACACAAAAUGCGUUAUGUGUACUAGUGUGAUUGUAUGGAUAAAAGCAACCUGAAGAAAACCCGCAGCCGCAGAAACUGAGUCAGUGAAGUAGCUAACUAUGCUAGCUCAAGUUAUUUGCAGCCAUUUCUUCAAGUUGCCAUCCCUCCCCCAAUAACUGUGGUGUGUGGUAAAACAGUAUUGCCACAUAUUGCCACGUUUAAGCUGUGAUAGGUCCCACAUAUUUUGUAGUGUAACACUCUGAAGAAAGCCAGUUAGCAAGUUGUUAACAUGUAAACACAUGUGCGCGGAAGUAACGCCUAUAAAUCACACAAAGCAUCAUGGGAGCUAGAAAUUUGCUGGAAAGAAGAUAAAUGUUUUAGACCCACAGGAAGCUAAUUAAGUGAUGCAGUGUUUUUAAGUCUCGUAAUUUUGUUCGUAUCUUCACAUGUAACAUCUCUGUUUUUGUAAAGUAUAUUUUUUAACCAAGUUGUAAAGUGUACUUAUGUUUGCACCAGUUGUGAAAAAUAUAUUGGCCUUGUUUAGAAACCUUAGAACAGUUUUAACUUUAUUCUUGUACUUAAGAAAAAAAUAGUAACCUAUUUUUAAAAUAUAUAUAUAUAUUUACGGUCCUUUUUUAAUUGAAAUUUAUUUUGCUUCUAUUUACAGCUUCUCUCUUGUGCGAGACUUUGUGAUUUGGAAGUUUUCCACUGCUGCCUGCUACGAAUCUCACCUCUGCAUCACGACACCAUCUUAUUAAUUCACUUAUACUGAUACCUCUUAAUAAUACAGAGAUAUAUUUUAUCUAGAUAUUAAGACAAGCACAUAGUUACAUUGAGUUAAAAGCAUUCACAAACACAUAUAAUAUUGUUUAAAUAACCAGCUUCCCCCCCCCCCCAGGUGUCUUCUUUUUUUAUUCUGCUGUUACAGGAUGCCACGUAGAGGACGACGCUCUGAGGCGGCCAAGGUGAGAUGGAGGAAGCUGGAGAUUGUGCCGGUCGACGCCAAGCCUGGGACACCACCGCUCACAACCAGCGCUUGGAACCCAACUCGGUCUCCGCCAAAGAAGAUGUCCCCACUGCUGGACGGUGGCCUGCCCAACCAGGUGUCGCCUCCCAUGGUGCGUCAGGAGGAGCCCCGUGUGCCACCGACCUCUCCUGGGUCACGCCGUGGGACGGGGCGUCGCCAUCGGGUGGAGACGUGGCCAGCCUCCCGGGUGACCAGACGGAGCUGCAAGUUGGUUCUGCCUACUGCCGAGGCUCUGGAGAAGAAGUUUGCUCUUUUGGUUGGUGAUUCCCAUCUGCGUGCUAUUGUGGAUGGGUAUUCUACCAUGCCAAAGGGCGACUUCUUCUUAGGGGUGCUUGCAUCCCCCGGUGCCUCUGCGGAAGAGUUGCGGCUUGAGGUGCUGGAUGCAGUUCUGCCUCGGCCCCCCGAGGUGAUCUGUCUUCUGGCCCCAAGUAACAACUUAACCGCCAGCAGGACCUUCGUGGAGGCCGGAGCGGCGUUUGACGCUUUGUUGAGUACCGUCUGCAACCUCUCUGCUAAUGUGGUCGUUGUGGACUUUCCACCGCGCCUUUGCGUGGAGGACAGUGUGCAACAGCUGCUGCGGCAGGAGUUUCAACGUGUGGCUGCUCAGAGAAGUGUUCGGUACUUGCCUGUCACUGAACACUUCCCAUUGAGCAGCCUGGCUUUGUGGAGCAGGGAUGGCGUUCACCUGAGCGACCAUCCUGGGAUGGAGGUCCUUGCUCAGUUGCUUGAGGCGGCGGUCUGCUCGCAACUUGAGUUAAGUGCAUCGAAAUCUCCUGCUCCUGUGAUGUUGGCUCCACCCCCCCUUGGGACGGCUUCCCCCCCCGCGGUGAGACGUUGCCUGACCCAGCCGGUUGUGGUUACCGAAGUUGCUGCUCCGCGUCGUUCGGAGCCCUACGCCUGGACUGUGGUUGGUGGUGGUCGGAAGGGAGACCUGCUGGACUCUUCCAUCCCCCUGAAUCCUGUGUGCUUCAGCCCAGCGUUGCUGGAGGACAUGGACCGGAUCGUUCCUGCGUCUGGCCUUGAAACUCCGCUACCUAUAUGUUCUCCGAAGGUGGAAAAGAAGGCGAGUGCGAAGCGUCGUUCCAUUUCCGAUCCCUACAAGCUGAAUCCAGUGGAGCAGCAGAUGGAGGGAGCGUCGAGAGAGAGCAACAACAAAGCUCGUCGCCAGGCACAAAGUCCGGUCCCCCCGAUGGACGUCCAGGGCGAGUCCUCUUCCGUGCCACAGGAGGACCAUUUUUGGGAUGGGAGCUGCAAGGCUUCUGCGUUGGAACCCGGGAUCAGCGGUCCACCUGUCCUGUUGGUAAGUGCUACACAUUCCCAGGCCGACAAGAGGUAUGCUGCAUUUUCCCGUAAUCACCAGUGCACAUGCAUGGCACUCACAUUUUUAGCUUACCACAAUGAGGGGUUGCAGUUUGACACAGUGAUGCUUGAUAGAGUGAUUGAAAAAGGAGACCAACUUUAUGCCGGCGUUAAACAGCAACUGAUCAGUGAUGGAACAUUUCGUGACAAUCACUUGACGUUUGAACAGAUGCCUGACCAUGUACUCACAGAUAGGAACAUCUAUGCAGUACACACAACUGGUUUAAGGGUAGGUCAUGUUUUUGCUCGUAGCAGGAGCACUCAAGGAUCUCGACAAUUGGGUUUGCAUCUUGCCCUGCAACUGAAAUGUCUGUCGGAAAAUGUAACCCAUGCUUUCCUUUUGGUGACUCCAGAGUGCAUUGCAGUUUUCAGGGACAGAAGCGGUCGGUUUGGAGUUUUUGAUUCCCACUCAAGAAAUUCAGCAGGCCUGCCCCACCCCAGUGGAACUGCAGUAAUGAUGACUUUCUGCAACCUGUCUGACUUGGUCAGCCAUCUAUUGAAGCUCUUUCGAAAUCGCGGCCCCAAUGCCACCUAUGAGUUUGUGCCAGUAGGUUUUGACAGGGAAAAUGAAGAUCAUCCUCAGAACUUGACUUUUGACAACAUUUCACCCGUAGCAACACAGGUAAGUCCAACUGCUUUGAAAUCAGAGAGUCCGUCUGAUGAGGAAAUGCCUCCUUGGCUUAGGGAAGUUGCAAACGUAUUAGAGGAGAGACCUACAACCGUUACAAAUUUGUCAAAAGUGCCAAAAACCGAUAGAAGAAAAAUUAAAAACAGGAUCAAAACACAACAGAGACAGAAUGUAGGAAGUAAAAUGAAACAAAGUUCAUCUGAAAAAGAGAGAUAUCUGACAUCUCCAACAUUUAGGACCAAAAAGCUACAGGCCGUAAAAGAAAAAUACAUUCUUCAUCAAGUAGAGAGGAAGGAUCACUUAAAUAAUAGAUAUAGAACAGAUGCAUCUUUCCGGAAGAGACGAAGAAAUUACAUGAAGGACAGAUUCAAUUUUGUCCGUACCUUCACAGAAAGUCAUAAAGCUAAGAUGGCUGAGUAUAUGAGGAAACGAUUCAGAGAUGAUCCGAUCUUUAGAAGCAGAAAAAAAUCAAACAUCAGGAAUCAAUUCAGAGAUGAUCAGGACUUUAGAAGCAGAAAAAAAUCAAACAUCAGGAAUCGAUUCAGAAACGAUCCAGUCUUCAGAAGCAAACACAAAAAAAUAAUGCGUGAAUAUAUGAAGGCGAAGUAUCAUAGUGAGCCUGCUUAUCGAGCAAAACAUAAAGAAAAAUGUGCUGCAAACAGAAGAGGCAGAUUAACAACAGAAGCACGUUCCAAAAAUGUAACACUGCAGCAUGCUUUGCGAAUCAGAAACAAGUAUAAAAGAAACGUAAGCUUCCACCUUGAAACUCCAAGCCCUCUGAUAACUGACGAAAUGAAAGCUGCGAUACGAAACUUUUAUAAGAACAUUAAAAACGGACCCACAUAUGUUUGCACUGUGUGUCACAGAGCUCUUUUCCCCAAUCAAGUAAAGCACUGUAAACGAGAUAAGUACACCAAGAAUAUGCGUGUAGUAGCUGAUUCUCUAACCGGUACAUAUGUUCAUGUGUGUGGAUCUGCAUGCUCAACCCCAUGUUCUGUACCUCAAGAGAGGAAGGGGGAGUGGAUCUGCUACACGUGUGACAGCCAUCUAACCAGAGGAAAGAUGCCAUCGAUUGCUGCUGUUAAUAACCUUCACCUAGCUUCUGUUCCACCAGAGCUUGCGGAAUUGAAUGUACUUGAACGGCAAUUAAUUGCAAAAAUUCUACCUUUUGCAAAAAUUGUUUCUUUGCCCAAGGGACAGCAAAGGGCAAUACAUGGAGCAGUUGUCUGUGUUCCUUCUGACAUGGAAACAGUUGUAAACAGUCUUCCGAGGCCCCGUGAGGAAGCCCAGCUUUUACAGGUGAAGCUAAAGAGAAAAACCAAGUAUAAAGGGUACCAAUACUUUUACACAGUAAACAUGAAAAAUGUCUUAGCUGCACUGACGAAGCUUAAAGAUAGUCAUCCAGAUUACAAAGAGAUAAGUAUAAAUGAAAGUGCAACAUUUGAAGAUUUCCAAGAGGAUCAGCAAGUUGAGGACUUGGAAACAGAAGCAGCGGAGACUGAAAUGGAUAUAGAAGCAGACCAGCAACCUGACCACAUAGGGAUAGAGCAUCAGGCACUUCGACCUGGUCUGAUCUUGGACACCUGCAUGCAGCCUCCUGACAUAGCACAGGAAGUAUUGUCAUAUGGAGAAGGGAUUUUCAGCAUUGCGCCGGCUCAGGGGAACAAGCCCAUCUCCUUCUUCAGUGUUCCAAGACUUGAAGCAAAUGCUUAUCCCGUACAUUUCCCAACUGGAAUAAACACAUUAGAUGAAGCCCGCCGUGUUGCACUUUCACCGAGUAUGUAUUUCAAUGUACGACUUUUCUCAAUAGAUAUUUGUCACGGAAACUCAUAUUGCCAAUAG